UUUUUGCCCCAGAUGGAGAUGGAUGGGGUAUUAGGGUUGAAUAUAUUGGAGGUUGCAAGCUUCUCGUAUUUGUGUCUAUAUAUGAUACUUUGUGUUGUCGGGCUUGGGUCGGGUUUUGCGGCGUAUUCAAAGCCCGAUAACGAUACGGCUUGGGGGCUAUGUUUCUAAGUGGGUGGGUGAUUGAUGGCAUUGCGUUGCGGGCUAGGAUGUGGCCGUCAGCAGUCAGCACUACUAGUCAAAUCCUCAUGGUCUGUUCCUUACAACUCG